ACCGGUGGACAAAAAGAGUAUUACAUGUGUACUGUUAAGACUCGCCAUAGAGAAUGAAUGGGGGAAAUUACGGAGGUUUUAGUUGGACGAUGUUGUACUCUCGUGCGGGCCGGAUGCUAUAUACUACGGACAUGUUUUGGGAGGCCACCCAACAUGAGGUGGCGGGCCUAGUUUGGGCACCACUGAUCUAAGCGAUCGUGUAAUCUUCUGACCGAUGACUAGGAUGAUCUGGGCGUUCCAUGCUCGCGGUUUCCCACCCGCACGUGAGCUUUUUUCUUUUUACCUCAAGUGAAUGCCGUAGUUUGUUUACACUGAACAGUGACUCAAGUAGGAACAAUUAGUCACAUACCCAACAAUGAAUAAAUAUCGGCAGUCCUGCGGGAGUUGGUUAUUCGUGAAGAUUCACGCAAUUACCCACAUCAGCGAAGAUGCUUUUGUUGUACGUUGCUGUCUUUCUCACAGUUCUCUCAACCGUGCCAUGCUCUAGCCAGCACUCGGCUCCCACGUAUCCCUGGGAGGACGCAGAGACUGGGGAGGCGGUAACUUGUGAAAAGUGUCCCCCAGGGACGUACGUGGGCUCCCACUGCUCGAAGCAUGAACGCACCGUGUGUCGCCCCUGCACUGAGUCUCAGUACACGGAGUACUGGAACUACGUAGAGGAGUGCCUGUUGUGUGAUUAUCCUUGUUCUGAGGUUCAGGAGGAAGUUCAUGGGUGUAACGGAACACACAACCGUGUUUGUCGCUGUAAGGAGGGCUACUACAACACCUUAGACUUCUGCCUCAAGCAUUCCGUCUGCUCACCAGGGGAAGGAGUACAAAUUGCAGGAACGCGGGAGCGGGACGUGGUGUGUGCGCCGUGUGAGGAGUGCUUCUUCUCCAACGUGUCGUCCAGCGUGGCGGCCUGCCAGCAGCACUCGGUGUGUGGUGCCCACCAGACGGCCAUCCCUGGCACCUCCACCCACGACACCUUCUGUUCCUCCUGCAAAAUCAACAGCCUCGACCAGCAAGACGUUAAAGUGUGUAGCCAGGAGGCUGUGCGGUUUGUUCUGGCGCGGCUGAACCCGGAGCGUCAGAGUGCGAGGCUGUUGCGAGUUCUGAAGCGCGCGAGCGUGCAUAACGGACACUCGCGCCUGCUGCUGCCGGAACUGUUGGAGUUGCUGGUGGUGCAGAACAACACGUCGGGCCUGAAUGUUCUGCUGGAUGGCCUGGACCGAGCCCGGCUACACCGUUUACGUGAAACUGUCAGCAAAUGGUUCCCAGUGCAGUCCAAAUAACAGAUGGUUCCCAGUGCAGUCCAAAUAACAGAUGGUUCCCAGUACAUUUCAUACUUGACGCCUAGUAAGAGAGAGAUAUUAUAUAUUUUUAUAUGCAGCAGAGAAUUAAUAUAUUUCACACCACAAGUUUUUACAUUUUUUUUAUAUAUUUUUUUAAACUGUUUUAUGAUGUUCAGAUUCCCUUUCAGACUUAAAUUCAAAUUGACCCGGGACAUUAUUUUGCCAUUUCAAAUCAGUAGAGAAUAUUUUUUGGGUAAGGCUAUUUGCACCCCUGGUACAGUUAGCAGUGUAUGCUAAUCGUACCCUGGUGCAAUUAGAAGUGAAUUCUAUUCGUACCCCGGUGCACACAGCAAUGUGUUCUAUUAGUACAGGGACCUGCAGCAAAAUUCUGGUGUAUAUAGUAAUGUAUGCUAUUUACACCCUGGUGCAUGAACUAGCUAAUUGUUGCAAUCAAAACUGUUUGAGAACCAAUUUCUUGUUCAAAUUGCGCAAUUACGUUGGUACACAUUCACACUCACUCUGCCAAAACGUAUCAUGCAGGAAUUGAACCCUGGUCUCCCACGUGCUAAACCACAUCUGUGAUCACUACACUAUUGUCUUCCACAAGUGGGUGGGUAUAGUGGGUGUUUGCAGGUAGACUUCUAGUUUAUAGGCCUGAGCGUCAUAUUCACAAAAUUUCUGUUAACUAACAAACUGACAGUUGUAUGUGUUCACUGAACCAAGAUUAUGAAAAUAAAACACAACUUUUCAAUCUAAAACCUAAUCUGAACAGAUAUUAGUGCCGAAACCUUUCAGAAUUAUUCACUUUCUGCUGAUUAUUCAUAUAAGAAUCCACUCUGAUAAAAUGUACAUUUAGGAAAAUUAUGAAAUGAGAAUGUUUUCAUUUAUAUUUUUGUUGUUUGUUGUUUGCCUACUGUACAUCUGUGUGUCUCAUUGCAUAUUUGGGUCAGUUUGAAUAAUUUAAAUGUGUUACCAUGUAUGUUACCAUGUCUACAUUUGUUUUUUCAGUAACAUAUUUUUCACUGAAAAUAAGCUAAAACCAUAAAGUAUCAGACUGAAAAAUA